AUGGCAUCACCGAUAGCUCCACACCCGGCAGCGGACUGGAAGCCCCUGCGCAUCGGUGCUGAUCAACACAGCCGUCUCGACCGGCCCAACGCCGCUCGCCAUCGUCUCUCAAUCGACACGGCCAAAGCCUCGAAAAACACAGAUGACCCGCGCAUUCCGUCGUCUGCCGUUCCUUCUCCUGCCGUCAAUCGCCUACCAUUGGCGACUGCCUCUGAUGUGGUGGUGAGCACUGCCUCGCGCGCACUGCACCCUCCCCCAUCGAACCAAGGCCAUCGCCGCAGUGCCCUCUCUCACGACUCCAUCCCUCGCCAGACCGUCAUCAAGGCACUUGCUUCCGUUGGCCGGACCAACAAGCCGGAGGAUCUCACGCUCGGCAACAUGCUCGCCUCGCAAGCCGGCGUUGCCGGCACACCCGGUUCGGCCGCCUCGUCGCAACGGCUGGCGGACAAGCUCAAUGACUUGGCCAGGAAGCAGUCCACACCACUGACGGCCUUGGCUGCCGUGCAGUCGCCCUGCUUCUACCACCAGAGAUUUGACGACGCUGUCGAUAUCGCAAAAGUUCUGGAAGAGAUCAAGAAUGAUGAGUCCAUGUCGCAUUCCCGCCUGGUCCAGACUGCCACUGGAGUCCGCGAAGUCUCCAAACUACUCCAACGGCGACCUAUUAGACGUGCGGUUCGAAAUGUCAUGAUCGUCACCAAGGCCCGCGACAAUCAGCUGGUUUACCUCACUCGCGAACUUGCCCUCUGGCUUUUACGGACUCCACGCUACGGGUGUAACCUUGGAGUCAACGUAUAUGUCGACGCCAAGCUACGCAGCUCGAACCGUUUCAACGCACCUUCAAUUCUCUCCGAAAAUGCCCAGUUCGAGCAGAUGCUCAGGUACUGGACACCUGACUUGUGCUGGACCGAGCCGGAGAAGUUUGACUUGGUCCUGACCUUGGGGGGCGAUGGAACGGUGCUCUUCACCUCCUGGCUCUUCCAGCGUAUCGUGCCUCCCGUGCUCUCCUUCAGCCUUGGAAGCCUCGGGUUCAUGACAACAUUUGACUUCGACAAGUACGUGGACCACCUCAACCGCGUCAUGGGUGACGACGGCAUGAAGAUCAAUCUGCGGAUGCGAUUCACCUGCACCGUGUGGCGCCACGACGCUCGCAGCCAUCGAUUGGACGAAGGGGAACAGUUCGAGGUCCUGAACGAGCUCGUCAUCGAUCGAGGGCCAUCUCCAUACGUCUCCAACCUUGAGCUGUACGGCGACGAUGAGCUCCUCACCGUCGUGCAGGCCGAUGGCUGUAUUUUCUCCACACCCACCGGUUCGACCGCCUACUCGCUCUCUGCGGGGGGCUCUCUGGUCCAUCCCGAUAUUCCAGCUAUCCUCCUCACGCCCAUCUGUCCGCACACUCUAUCCUUCCGGCCAAUGAUUUUGUCAGACACAAUGGCCUUGCGCGUCGCCGUCCCUCGAAAUUCCCGAGCCACCGCCUACUGCGCUUUUGACGGCAAAGGCCGCAUCGAACUCCGCCAAGGUGAUCACGUCACGAUAACCGCUUCACAGUAUCCCUUCCCCACCGUUACCCGCACGGAUACCGAAUGGUUUGAGAGUGUCAGCCGGACCUUGCGAUGGAACGUCCGGGCGGCGACGCAGAAGCCCUUCGACUCCAGCUCCGUUGCCGACGUGCCAUCGCACGCUCAAGGCGAAGACAGUUGCUGGGAUAUUGAUGCUGACAGCGCCUGCUACCCCAGUGAGGAGGGUAGUGUGAGUGCUAGUCCGGUUAGACGGCAGAUGAGCAUGUUGGGGGUAUGA